CUUCGCUCUCACUCCUCCUCCUCCUCCUCCUCCUCCACCUCCUCUCCAUCCACCCCCAUCCUCCUCAUCCUUCCCUCUCUCCUCCUCUUCCUCCACCUCCCGAGCCUGGUCUGGGGGGACUGCUGGCUGAUCGAGGGGGACAAGGGCUACGUGUGGCUAGCCAUCUGCAGCCAGAACCAGCCUCCAUACGAGACCAUCCCCCAACACAUCAAUAACACGGUCCACGACCUGAGGCUCAACGAGAACAAGCUCAAGAUGAUCCCCUACACCUCCAUGUACCGCUUCACCAACCUCACGGACCUCAACCUCACCAAGAACGAGAUCUCCUACAUCGAGGAUGGGGCCUUCGCUCAACAGGCCAACCUACAGGUACACUGGGUGGUGGGUUGGUGGAUGGAUUGGUGGGAGGGUGGGUGGGUGGGUGGGUGGGUGGGAGGAUUGAUUGAUUGAUUCAAUCUUGACGUAAUCCUUUGUGGUUCUCUCCUAGGUCCUCCAGCUGGGCUACAACAAGCUGACCAACCUGACAGAAGCCAUGAUGAGGGGCCUGGGACGGCUGCAGUGCCUCUUCCUCCAGCACAACCUCAUAGAGGUGUGGCAUUGGUUGAGUUUUGUUUAUUUAUGUAGUUUUAAAAGUAUUUCAGUGCUACUAUUUACUAAAGAUAAAUUGAUAUUAUUCUGUAUGUACAACAUGGUUCAGAUUUUUUUAAAAUAUAUUGCUUUCUGUCUCUCUCCGUUCUCAUCAAGGUCAUUGGCAACAAUGCAUUGGAUGAGUGCCUCAGUCUCAACAGCAUUGACCUGUCGUCCAAUAAGCUGGCCCGCCUCGAACCGUCCACCUUUACCAUUUUGAACCGCCUCAUGGUGUGUGAGCUGGCUGGGAACCCCUUCCACUGUGGCUGUGACUUGUACAACUUCCUCACCUGGCUGGAGGCCUUCAAUAACGUCACACACACCUACGACCGGCUGCAGUGCGAGACCCCCAGGGAGAUGUUUGGCUACCCACUCCUGAGUCCCAUUGCGUCUGGCAACGUCGGGCACAACGCUCGGACGAUUCUGUCCUCUGUCUGCCGGGACGGGGUCUUCAUCCCCGGGAUGACGUCUCUCCCGCCAGACUCAGAUUCCUCCGGAAUGGGCCCGGACAUGUUUGGACCGCGUGGGUCCGUACCACCAGCCCACCACCUCGUCUUCCUCCACGGAGCACAGCUUCAGCCCCAGCAUCAAGCUCCACCACGUGUCCCUCUUCACGGCCUCUAUCAUGGUCCAGAUCCCCAGACCUUACAGCAAGAUGUACAUCCUGGUGCAGUACAACAACACCUUUGUCUCUGACGUAAUGAACCUGAAGCUCAAAAAGGAGAUGAUCACGCUGAACAAGCUGAAGCCACACACCAACUACACCUUCUGCGUGGCCUCCAUCCGGAUCCUCCCAACGCUACAACCACACCUGCCUCCAGUUCUCCACCCGAGGCCCAGAACCCCUGACGACAUACCGCCAAAACCUUCCUACCACCACCCACUACAUAUUGACCAUUGUGGGCUGCCUCUUAGGGAUGCUCUGCAUCCUGGGCCUCAUCUACUAUUGUCUGAGGAAGAAGAGGAGGCAUGAGGAGAAGCAGAAGUCCAUCUGUGUGAAGAAGACGAUUCUAGAAAUGAGGUAUGGUCCGGACGUGGCGGCGGCCGUGGGGAACGACCCGUCUGCGGUGCAGAAGCUCCAAGAGCAGGCCCAGGGUCAGGGCCACCACCAGUACCAGCACCACACGCACGGGGGCAAGCUGCCAAUGUCUGCCUCCUCCUCCUCGGGCAUGCUCCACUCCGCCAACACCUCUUCCUCCAGACUCUCCUCCAUCCCUCAGGAUAAGAUGGCCACGGCCUUCUCCGAGGCCAUGCUGACCAGCAAAGGCAACUACAUGGACGUGAGGACGGACGGGGGUGAUGAGAGAUGGAGGGAUUGGAGGAGGACAGGGAGGGAUGAGGGAUGAGGAUCUAAGAGAGGAGGACGGGACGGACUUUGGGGAGGAUUCGGACGACGACGGGCGAGGCUCGGCCUCGGAGAUCUCCACCAUCGCCAUGGAGGUGGAUAAGGUCAACCAGAUCAUCAAUAACUGCAUCGACGCCCUGAAGCUGGACUCUGUCAUGGCCGCCUCCUCCACCGCCUCUUCCACCACCACCACCACCUCCUACCCCACCUCACCCGCCGCCCACCUACACUUCCUCCUUGACCCGUGGCCUCAUCCCCCUCUCCCCUGGCGUCAAUGAGACCUGCCCGGGCCUGCCCUCCCCUACCACCAAGAUCCCCCCUCCACCGCCGCUCCCCUUCUCCGUCCCUCUCUCGGAGCGUCCGGGGAUCAGCGGCGGGGGUUUGUGUCGCCCCCCUACCGGCCCCCUCCCCCUGCGUCCGCUGUGCGCCCCAUCCAGAAGCAGAUGAGCGCUGAUGCUGCGGUGGUGAUCAGCACCGUGAAGAAGCAGUGCAGUACCUCGUCCUGCAACUCCAUGGGACGUGACCGGGAACGAGGGACCGGAGGAGGAGGCCGGGUCUACAGCCUGGACGUCCACGAGCCCCGCAGCCCAGACCCCUGCCAGCAGUACACAGGAGAGAGAGGCAGCCCCGUGGGGUGUGGAGAGCCCCUGGAGCGGCUGCCUCUGGUGGGGAGCGGCGGGGGAGGAGGUGGGGGUGGUGGUGGGUGUGGUAGUGGAGGUGGUGGUGGUGUUGAUGGUAUUACCAACCAGCAGCAGCAGCAGCAGGGACAGGGACAGGGGCAGGGUCAGCAGGAGGACUACCACUGCUCAGAGCACCGCCACUCCGUCCCGGCCCUGUACUACGAGGGCUCCCACCAGGGUUCGCCGCACCAGAGGGCCUCCUUCCUCAAGCCCCUGACCCGCUCCCGCCGUGACGCCGCCUCCUACUCGCAGCUCUCACCUUCCCGCCACCAAAACUACUCUGGGUACUCCUCCAGCCCUGAGUAUUCCUCGGAGAGCUCCCUGAGGAUCUGGGAGAGGUUCCGGCCCUACAGGAAGGGCCAGCGGGAUGAGUCGUGCUACGUCACGGCCGGGAACGCCUUAAGGAAGAAGGUGCAGUUCGCCAAAGGGGAGGACCUCCACGACAUCCUUGACUACUGGAAGGGCGUGUCAGCCCAGCAGAAGCUU